AUGCCUCCCCGAGGAAGGGCAGGUUAAUACCUCUGGGCCAAGGCUCCUGCUUGCCACUCCGCAUCCAGCCUCCGGCUCCUCCGCAGCCAUGGACAGGAUUUUCUCCACCGUGCUGCUCUCUUUGCUGCUUCUCCUCCAGAGCUAUGGAGUUUGGGGGGCACCUCCGCAGCCCAGAGGCACCCUGUGUCGAACCAAACCCACCGACUUGGUGUUUGUCAUCGACAGCUCUCGAAGCGUGCGCCCACAGGAGUUCGAGAAAGUCAAAGUCUUCAUGUCCCGGGUGAUCGAGGGACUGGACGUGGGCCCCAACUCCACCCGGGUGGGUGUGAUCAAUUACGCCAGUGCCGUCAAGAAUGAGUUCUCCCUCAAGGCACACCAAACCAAAGCUGGGCUCCUGCAGGCGGUCCGGAGGAUAGAGCCGCUCUCCACUGGGACUAUGACUGGCCUGGCCAUCCAAUUCGCCAUCAGCCGGGCUUUUAGUGACUCAGAAGGGGCCAGGCUGAGGUCUCCCAAUAUUAAUAAGGUGGCGAUUGUCGUGACCGACGGACGUCCCCAGGAUGGAGUGCAGGAUGUGUCAGCAAGGGCCAGAGCAGCUGGCAUUGAGAUCUUUGCCAUCGGGGUUGGCCGGGUGGACAUGCAUACCCUGCGGCAAAUUGCUAGCGAGCCCCUGGAUGACCACGUGGACUAUGUGGAGAGCUACAGUGUUAUAGAGAAGCUGACCCACAAGUUUCAAGAAGCUUUCUGUGUGGUGUCAGACCUGUGUGCCACUGGAGACCAUGACUGUGAGCAGAUCUGUAUCAGCACCCCAGGAUCGUACAAGUGUGCUUGUAAAGAGGGUUUCACACUGAACAAUGAUGGGAAGACCUGCAGCGCUUGCAGUGGUGGGUCAGGAUCUGCUCUGGAUCUCGUUUUCCUGAUUGAUGGAUCCAAGAGUGUACGGCCUGAGAACUUUGAGCUGGUGAAGAAAUUCAUCAACCAGAUCGUGGAGUCGCUGGAGGUGUCAGAAAAACAGGCCCAAGUUGGCCUGGUUCAGUACUCCAGUUCUGUCAGGCAGGAGUUUCCUCUGGGGCAGUUCAAGAACAAGAAGGACAUCAAAGCAGCGGUCAAGAAAAUGGACUACAUGGAGAAAGGAACGAUGACAGGCCAGGCUCUGAAGUACCUCAUUGACAGUUCCUUUUCCAUUGCCAAUGGCGCGAGGCCUGGGGUCCCAAAGGUGGGCAUAGUGUUCACCGAUGGACGGUCACAAGAUUACAUCACCGAUGCUGCUAAGAAAGCCAAAGAUUUAGGCUUUAGGAUGUUUGCUGUGGGAGUUGGUAACGCAGUGGAGGAUGAGCUGAGGGAAAUCGCUUCAGAACCAGUAGCCGAGCACUACUUCUACACAGCUGACUUCAGAACCAUCAGCAACAUCGGGAAGAAGCUGCAAAUGAAGAUCUGCAUUGAGGAAGAUCCAUGUGAAUGUAAAUCUAUUGUGAAGUUCCAGACAAAAGUAGAAGAACUCAUCGAUUCAUUGCAAAGGAAAUUGGAAGCUGUGGCAAAAAGGAUUGAAGCCCUGGAGAACAAGAUCAUCUAAGAUCCCAAAAGAGUAUUAUUUCCCUCCUUCCAAGUGUAACAAAACUAAACUCCUUCCUUUGUAUGGAGGGCAGCUCAGCCACAGUGCUAUGGCCAGCUUGUAUUUUUAAGAGUCUAGUCUACAUGCAUUUGUUUAAAAGGGAAAAAGUAUAACAGUAGAGCAGACGUAUAACAGGCAGAGCACUGUGCGUGACAGAGAGCUAGACCAUGCUAAUGUUCAUUGCAUCAUGUAGAGUGCAUAUAUUAAAAAAAAAAACUGGGAAGAUUUGUUUUUGAUUUAAAGCUUAAUAUAUAUGUGUGUGUGUUUAAAGGUACUUGAGUACGAGUUCUGUGAAUCCUUGCUGUGUUCUUCUGCAUCUUUUGUUUCUAUGCAUGAGGUAAUUUAAUUUAAAAGCCAAAGUGACUUAAAAUCAACUCAGAUGCUGAGUGUAAAAAGUCAAUCCAAGCAGCUGAUCAUCUUGUUAUUGUAAACAUGAAGCAUUUCUCUGUAAGUAGGUGAAAUAUAGUAAUGAUCUCUAAGCGUGUAUUGCAGAUAGGAUAGGAUGCUGCUGCUAGUCAGGUUUAUCCAUAGCUACUGUAAAAAAAAGAAAGUACAAAAGCUCAGCUUUCCUAACUAGCAAAUACCCUCACAAUGUUUCGAUGAACUAGCAGCUGUCUGAGCUAGGCCAGUUCUGGUGAAGUCCUGAGAUAACGUGCAAUGAGCCAGUGGCCAUGGCUCUGUAGAUCAAAGGCAGUCCUGUUAACACCAGCCCCAGGAGAUGUGCUCCUCCUCCUCAGCUCUCUGGUCUCCACAUCUACAACUCAAGCUCUGAAGCGUCAUUAGCACCUAAAACACAGGGAACUGUUGCUGAAGCUGCUGCGUGCUGAUGGAAAGGGUGCUCUCAUCACAGUGGUGACCAGAGGCUCACAGCUCCUUCCUUAGCCCACACCCUUAAGCACCUUUGAAACCAGUAAGAUCAUCUCAACACCUUUUGGACUGCCUUUCCUGGACUCCCAAUGCUUACAAGAAAAAAAUAUAGAAAAAUAAAAUGGUGUGGGCUAGAAGCAUCUAAUGCUGCCUGUCUCCUAGAGCUGCGGUCUGGCUAGGAACGGAGAGAAGAGGCCAUGGUUAUGCAUGCCACGAUGGCACACCGUUGAAUGCGAGCACAAGAGGUUGGGUUUGGAGGGGUUUUUAUUUUUAUUUUUUUGUAUCAAAAUAUUUAUACUUGAGACUAUGUGAAAAGCUUUUCAAAAUAACUUGGCCUGUUUGAAAAUGAAACCAUAGCUCAUGUUUUCUGAGUAAAUAUUAAAAGUUUGCUGAAAUUUUUAAAA